AUGGCUUCUCAUCCCGUCCAGACCCGCACACUGGGCAAGAACGGUCCGCAGGUCCCUGCCCUGGGCUUCGGGCUCAUGGGCAUGUCCAUAGCAUACGGCACGAUCCCCGACGACGAAUAUCGCUUCAAGCUGCUCGACCGCGCGGUUCAGAUCGGGGCAACUUUCUGGGACACUGCUGACUUGUACGGCGACAGUGAGGAGUUCGUGGGCAAGUGGUUCAAGCGCACCGGCAAGCGCGACCAGAUCUUCCUGGCAACCAAGUUCGGUCUCAACAAGAACGAUCACAUGGCAGCCCCGAACAGUAGUCCUGAGUAUUGCAGGGCGGCUUGUGCAAAGAGCCUCAAGGAUCUGCAGACUGAUUAUAUCGAUUUGUACUACCUCCACUCACCCAACCAUGACAUUCCAAUUGAGGUCACUGUCCGCGCGAUGGCAGAGCUCCAGGCCGAGGGGAAGAUCAAACACAUCGGCCUCUCCAACAUCGGUGCGAAUGCUCUGCGCCGUGCCUACAAAAUCGCACCCAUAGCCGCAAUUCAGGUCGAGUACUCACCGUUCACUCUCGAUAUUGAAAAGUCCGUCAGUGGCAACCUCCUUGCGGCCGCUCGUGAGCUCGGUGUGGCAAUUGUGGCAUACGCCCCCAUGGGCCGCGGCAUGGCUACCUCGGUCUUCGCAAAGAACGACAGCCCCGCCGAUGUCAAUGACCGUCGUGCCCAGGGACUGCCCAGGUUCAUGGGGCAGAACCGAGACAAGAAUGUACAGAUGGUGCGCAAAUUUCAAGCGCUGUCGGAGAAGAAGGGUUGUAAUGUCAGCCAGCUGGCGUUGGCCUGGCUGUUGAAGCAGGGUGAGGAUAUCAUUCCGAACCCGGGAACCAAGAGGAUCGAGUAUCUCGAGGAUAACUGGAAGGCCAUGCAGAUUCAAUUGACGGACGACGAGGAGAAGGAAGUACGGGCUUUUGUCGAGAAGGCGGAAACGGCUGGGCAUCAAAUGCCGCCAGGCAUGGAGGAAAUGCAGUUCGAGGACACGGUUGAAGAGUCGUAG